ACAAACCUGUGGGUAUGUAAAAUCACAACUUGGACAUAAGAGUAAAACACAGAGUCAAAGGGAGGGACAUUAAUCAUGAUAAGGAAGGAGGUCUGUUCCUCCUCCUACCUGUUAAUGUUUAGCUGCCCUGCCCCUACAGGGCGGAGGCAGGUUGUAGGAGUUGAUGUUGGUUCACACCACAGCCAGUCGGUUCUGGAGGAGUGAGGCGUUGGAGGAUCCCUGUUGAUCAUCACACAUGGGAAGAGGAGGAGAGAGGCUGGAGCCACACGCCGGACUUUAAGGUCAAGACCGUGGAGGCUGAUUCAACUUUUUGAAUGGAGUCCUGUUAAAGAGUCAGGAAUCAUUCGAACCCAAAGCCCCGUGAGCUGGUGGCUCAGCCCUGGACCUUGCUCCAAUUACUGCACACCCGAUAAACCCAAGGACUAAAUCAGCGCCGAUAAAUCUGAGCUCGCUGCGGUGCGACCAUGAGUGACAACACGGGGGCGGCGGGUGUGAGGGACUGGCGCAAACUUGAGCCCAGCUUCUCGGUGAAGGUGUUCAUGACGGUGCUGUACAGCCUGAUCCUGGUGACGGGCGUCCUGGGCAACUCGAUCACCAUCCGAGUGACCCAGGUGCUGCGGAAGAAGGGCUACCUGCAGAAGAACGUCACGGACCACAUGGUGAGCCUGGCGUGCUCCGACCUGCUCGUGCUCUUCAUCGGCAUGCCCGUGGAGCUCUACUUCGCCAUCUGGUACCCGUUCACGGCGUCGGGGGACGCUUCGUGUAAGAUCUACAACUUCCUGUUCGAGGCUUGCAGCUACGCGACCAUCUUCAACAUCGCCACGCUGAGCUACGAGCGCUACAUCGCGACGUGCCAGCCGUUCCGCUACAAGAUGUGGGACGGGAAGCGCACGUCCGUGCUCAUCGCCGCCGCCUGGGUGGUGUCCUGCCUCGUGGCGCUGCCGUUGCUCAUCACCAUGGGGGCGCAGGGCCACGUACCCGUGCGCGCGCGCGCGCCCGCUCAGAAUCUGACGUUCUGCACCAACCUGAGGGAGCACUGGGGGAUGUACAGGGCCAGCAUCUUCAUAGCCUUCAUCAUGUACCUGAUCGUGCUGGUCGGCGUGGCCUUCAUGUGCCGAGCCAUGAUCAUGGUCCUGCGGAAGCCGCUGGCGUCGAGACAAGAGGGAGCCGGGAACGCCUCAAACCGCGAAAGUUCAAGGGUCGCUACGGCCAGGAAGCAGACCAUCAUUUUCCUGGUUCUCAUCGUGGCGUCCUUGAUGGUUUGCUGGCUUCCCAACCAGAUCCGCCGUCUCAUGGCAGCUUCUCUUCCCAAGUCCCUCUGGACCAGCUCCUACUUCCAGAGCUACAUCAUCCUUCACCCCAUCGCCGAUACCUUCUUCUAUCUCAGCUCCGUCCUCAACCCGCUACUCUAUAACCUGUCCUCCAAGCAGUUCAGGGAGGUGUUUGUCCAGGUGCUGCGCUGCCACCUCACCAUCGAACACGUCAACAAGCGCACCCUCAAGAGCCACGCGGCCGAAUCCGGACGCUCGCUGCGGCCGCUGCUCAAGUCCCUGCGUCGGAGCAGGGCGAGCCGCAGCGGCGCUGCGCAGGGGAACGCUCUGGCCAACGACGCGGCGCCGCACAGCGACUCAGGAGUGGCUUCAAACACUGAGACCACGGAUCUGUCGGACGCAAGCCUCAAAACUAAAACCAAUGAAUCAGAGGUUUAGUGGGUGGGACUGGACCCGUACACGUCCUGGUGAAUGAAGCCUUGAUGACCUCCACACCUUAGCCUCCUCCUAAGCCCUUCACACCAAAUGUCUUUAUGCUCGAUGUACGUGUAAAACUCAGAUACGUUAGGUGGAAGAUCCUGAUCUGCGGUUAAUGGAGAACAUCCCUGCUGGUAGACGCCUGCUUGUCUUACACAUUGAUUCCAAAAGGACCUCAACUGCCUUAUAUAUAUUUUUAUUUUUAGACAUAUUUAUCAUGUGUCAGGGCUGUAGCGUGUGUUAGAUAACAACACGUACACAUACAGAGCCUCCUUAAUGUGAAGGUGUCAGGGACCAGAGGAAGAGAGAAGCUGUGGAGCUCUUGUCAUCAAAUAGACAACAUAGAGCCAAACAGAGGAGACCUGCUCAGUGUAUCGCUUGCUCCGUCUUUGUGUCCUUGGUUUGUAACUUCAUGUUUUUAUCCACCUGCGUUGUGUGUUUGCUGUAAACAUUACCAUCCUCCACUUUUUUUAUCCUGUUGUGCUUUCCUGUUUUUGUACCUUCCUAAUCGUUUCCCCAUUAAAGACAUGUUGGGUCAGCAUGGUUAUGAUUGAUGGGUGUCAGUCAUCACCUGACUCCUUGUUUGAUCAUAGACUGACGCAUGUAAAAAUAAAAACGAAAGAAGCAGUAGCUGUGGUUAAGCUUAAAGACCACUGACUGUAUGUCAAUAAACAGAUGAAGUCAUCUCUGUCACA